AUAACAUGGUAACUUGUGUACAUGAUGUAUUUUCGUGAGUAAAAACAUAUCGUUUUGGGCAUCUUUUGGGGUAGCUGACACUCUGUUUUGAAAGAAUGGAAGGUGAAGUUCGCCGUGGAGCCGAUGCAGCGGCUGAUAAUGCCUCUCAGGGUUACAUGUUGACAGUAGGAGUUAUGGAAGAAGUACUCGAGAAACUAAAAUUGCUUGACUACGAGACGGACUUCUGUAAGCAGAUGGGUUUUAGACCUCUAUCAAGGUUUGAAUUUGUUUCAUAUUAUGAUGAUCCUAACGCUACUGUGUCAAGCAUUCUGGAUGAGAUGAAGAAACUGGGAGUACCGGCAGAUUUCCCUCCAGGAAAGUUGAAAACAGGAUCAGGAGAACAGAUUUGUUAUGUGAUCGAUAAACUUGCUGAUGAGGCUCUGAAAACCAGAAAAUUUGCCUGGCAAAAGCCGCAACAUGCGCAAGAAGACUUUGAAGAGGAAACCAUGGAAGAUGAUGAGGCUGAAUUAACAUUGAACAAAGUAGAGGAAGAAAUGAUGGAUGAGGUGGAAGAAGAAAUUGAAGAAGAUGACAGUUACCUUGAUCUGGCAGGAAUGAAGCAACAGUCCCAGAUGAAUGAAAUGGUUGAUUCAUCCAAACCUGAUUCUGUAAUGGAAUCAACUACUGAUGCAGCUGAAUGGAAACUUGAAGUUGAAAGAGUUCUGCCUUUGUUAAAGGUCCACAUAAGAACUGAUAACAAGGACUGGAGGACCCAUUACGAGCAAAUGCAACAGCAUAGUGAAGGAAUCAAGUCAUCUUUAACAGAAACAAGGGGCCAUCUUGACAAACUUCACCAUGAGAUCAGCAGAACACUGGAGAAAAUAUCCAGUCGAGAAAAGUACAUUAAUAACCAGCUUGAACAUUUGCUGCAAGAAUUUCGAAGUUUACAGGACAAUUUGGCUGAGUCACAGAUCACAGAAGAACUAGAAUCUGUCAAAGCUCAGAUGGAUGAGCGAGGCACUAACAUGACUGAUGCAGGCCCUUUAGUCAGAAUAAAACAAGCUUUGACAAGACUUAAACAGGAGGUCCAGCAAAUGGAAGUCCGUAUUGGAGUGGUGGAGCAUUCUCUCCUUGUUGCAAAAAUCCGAGAUCGGAGCGCUAUAAGAGAGGACAUGCAUGCCCCAGUCUCAGAUGCGACCACAUUUGGAGAUUUUAAACCAUUUUAAACUUGACGACAUGUAAAAAAGUAUUGUUAUCUGCCAACAGAAAUGUCAUAACUAAUGUUAACUUACAUUAGUUUGUUUAACAGCUUUCGUUUUCAUUUGAUGGAUUGCUUUUGCAUGUCAGGUCAUUUGGGGAACAUUUAAACACAAAAUUGGCACUGAAAAGUAAAACUUAACCAGCAUGUUAACCCGAAACCCAAAAGUCUGGUAUUUAUUGAAGAGAGUUUGAAUUAUCAUUAACAGUAAAUUGAGAGUCUUGAAAUGAAGCUCGCUUGUUGAGGAAAGUUGAGCUGUGACCAGGCAUUAGCAUCGUCCAAAUUGUUGGAAAAAACUAAAUUAAUGCAUGACAAAUGUCAGCCAUGCUGUUCAUCUUCACUACCGUAAGUUAUUGACAAUAUAGUUACUGGUACAUUGUUUGUAGAUUAUUGUCUUGACACGCAAGAGGAAACAGGAGGUUUGGUUAAAUUCUGUUGAACGGAAAACGAAUAUUUUUCAUGCUUAUUAUCAAUCUGAAGCCUCUGGAGCAAUGUGAAUGUAGCAUGACGAUCUUGUUGCCAUGGGUACACCAUGAGCCUUAGCAACAUGGCUGCCAAAAGUGGCAGCUUGAGCAAUUUUCAGAUUCCAGCAGACAAACCUGCUUCCUAAAAUAACCAAAGUAAUUUGCAGUGCGUGGUGCUUUUAACAACUUUCGUGUAAAUUAUUCAACAUGUAAAUUAUCCUCAUUUGUUUUCGUACGUUUUUGGAAAAAUUAGAUAUAUGAAUUUUAAUAUUGAACGGUUUUCCCAUUUCUUUGUAUGUUGUGAUUUUCCUGAAGUUCCAUGCUCAUUGUCAGGUCUAAACAUGGCAAUAAAAUGUGAAAUAUUCCAAGUGAUCAA